CACUUUCUCUCUAUAUCUCAAUUUCAUAUCUGCAUUUAAUGGAACGAGCAGUUUGUUUCUCGAUCUCGAUUGCUUAAAUCCGGAGGUUUCUCUUCGAUGUUGUGCAUCGCUAGGAUUAUAGAUAGAUCUGGAAAUUGACGCGAUUGGAUCCUUUUUCGACUCGUGCAUAUAUAUUGUUGUAUUGACCCAGCACCGCUUCCGUCGAGGACGCCGCCGCCGCCUUCCGAUCCACCACGCCGUUGCCGGAAUUUCCUCUGCCGCCACCGCCAGAGAUCCAGGGGUCUCUGAGCUCUAUAGUGUAGGCCAACAAUUAUAAAAGAUGUGCUAGAAGACACAAGUAUCCUUAUUUGUAUGAGUAAUACUUGAAGCUUCUUUGCAACAGAGUUGGGGUAUAGAAAAAGAUGGCAUCAACUGUAUUGCACAUGGUGAACAGUACAUUAGAAUGGGUGACAUUAGCUCUAGAUGUCCCGUCUGCUCGAGCGGUUGUUUUUGGAGUGCACAUUGGCGGCCAUUUGUUUGUAGAAGUUCUUCUUCUGGUGGUUAUCCUUUUCCUACUUUCUCAGAAGAGCUACAAACCUCCUAAACGGCCUUUGACAAAGAAGGAAAUAGAUGAACUGUGUGAGGAAUGGGUUCCAGAACCUCUUAUUCCUCCCAUCACAGAAGAGAUGCAGUACGAACCCCCAGUCUUGGAAAGUGCUGCCGGACCACACACAAUAAUCAAUGGCAAAGAAGUCGUUAACUUUGCUUCAGCAAAUUAUCUUGGACUAAUAGGACACAAAAAGUUACUUGAUUCAUGCACCUCUGCACUGGAAAAAUAUGGUGUUGGUUCCUGUGGUCCUCGUGGGUUCUAUGGAACUAUUGAUGUCCACCUUGAUUGUGAGGCAAGAAUAGCAAAGUUUUUGGGAACUCCUGAUUCAAUUCUCUAUUCUUAUGGACUUUCCACCAUGUUCAGUGCAAUUCCAGCUUUUGCGAAAAAGGGAGAUGUAAUUGUUGUGGAUGAGGGUGUCCACUGGGGAAUUCAAAAUGGCUUGUAUCUUUCUAGAAGCACAAUUGUGUACUUCAAACACAACGAUAUGGAAUCUUUAAGGAAUACUUUGGAGAAAUUUACCGCCAAGAAUCAACGUGCUAAAAAAUUGCGGCGUUAUAUUGUGGUUGAAGCUGUCUACCAGAAUUCUGGUCAAGUUGCCCCCUUACAUGAGAUUAUUAGAUUGAAGGAGAAAUACCGAUUUCGCGUUUUAUUGGAUGAGAGCAACUCGUUUGGUGUGCUGGGGAAAACUGGAAGAGGUUUAACUGAAUACUUUGGAGUUCCGGUUGACAAGAUAGACAUUAUUACUGCUGCAAUGGGUCACGCUUUGGCCACAGAGGGAGGGUUCUGCACUGGGAGUGCUAGAGUGAUUGAUCACCAGAGAUUGAGUAGCUCCGGGUACGUCUUUUCUGCGUCAUUGCCCCCAUACCUUGCAACUGCUGCCAUUACUGCCAUUGAUGUCUUGGAGGAAAAGCCUGAUCUGAUAACAAAGCUGAAGGAAAACGUUGCACUGUUAUGGAAAGGUUUGUCCGGGGUACCGGGACUGUCAAUAGCAAGCAAUCCAGAAUCACCUAUUGUUUUCCUCAAAUUAGAGAAGUCAACAGGUUCAUUGAAAACCGACCUGCAUCUCCUCCAAGAAAUUGCUGACCGCGCAUUGGAGGAGGACUCUGUCUUUGUGGUGACUUCCAAGAGAUCAGCACUAGAUAAAUGUCGGUUGCCUGUUGGAAUCAGAUUGUUUGUUUCCGCUGGCCAUUCGGAAUCUGAUUUGGUUAAGGUAGCUGAAUCAUUGAAAAGGGUCGCAGGAUUGGUACUUAAGGGUUAUGCUUGAUUGGUAAACGCCUUUACCUGCCAACCAGGAUCUCUCUUCCUCCCUCUGCCUGUCUGAUGCAUUUGCAUGUGAUCUGGUUUGCCCCAACAGCAUGAAGUCUCUUCACAGAGAGGCCUUCAUAGGUUAAACAAUUUUGUAAUGUGGUCACGUUAAGAAAGGGGGGCUUGUGACUGUUGGUAAUCUAUGUAACUUCUUCUGUGUUAAUUUCUUUUUGUGUUGCUUUUUGACGAAGGAGCAAGGUUAGCAUGAAUUUGAUUUUUUAGAAGACCAAAAGUCUGGAAUGCUAAUAUCUUAGGGGUUUGGGGUGGGUGUAACUUGCUGUUAGGUCAUUUUUAUUAAUUUAUUUGAACUAAUAAUCGCCAGGAACUUCUUUUGCAGUGUA